AAGCGAUUGCUAGAUAACAGGAGCAUAUUCAGGGUUUCAGCUCUGUGGAGAAAGACAGAAGGCCGCAGAGGGACCAGGGAGGGCUGGCGAAGAAAAGGGUGUGGAAGACAAAGAAUGAGAGAACGCCGAACAUAAAGCCAAUGGCGUAAAGUUCAGGACGUCAAUUUUAGAUUUGCAAAUAGAGCGAAGACUCCUUGGUUCUGUGUACAGCCAGAAGACCCUACAGAGUCAAUUGUUUCUCAACUGAAUUACUGUGAUUUACUAGAAAACGUUGAACAUGCCUCAUUUCUUAUGUGAAAAAAUGAAAACACCGCUGCCUUGGACUGAACUUUGUAUACUUCUUAUGAUUUUCAAUGUAUUUUCUACAUCUUGUCUGGGAUUCUGUCCUCCUCAGUGUGUUUGUGAGACAAGGCCUUGGUUCACACCACAGUCGGUUUACCAUGAAGCCAAGACAGUGGACUGCAAUGACCUUCUGCUGACUCAUAUCCCAGAGAACCUCUCCACGGACACCCAAGUUUUACUUCUUCAAAGCAAUAAGAUCUCACGUAUGGGUUGGGAACUCCAGGAUCUGGUCAACCUUACAGAACUGGACCUAUCUCAAAACCACUUUCAAAGUAUUGAAGAUUUGAGCAUUUCAAACCUUUCUCACCUCAUCACCCUCUAUCUGGAAGAGAACCAGCUCACAGAACUUCCAGACUAUUGCCUAAAAGAUCUGGAAAGCCUAGAAGAGUUGUAUAUUAACCACAACCAGAUAAACUUUAUUGGUUCCCGUGCCUUUGCUGGCUUAGGUAAGCUUCUGAGAAUUCACCUAAAUGCCAAUAGACUACGUGUUAUAGAUUCAAGGUGGUUUGAAGACCUCCCGAAUCUUGAGAUACUUAUGAUUGGAGAAAACCCUGUGAGUGCUCUUCAGAACUUUAAUUUUCAGCCUCUUGGGAAAUUACAUAGUCUCGUGCUGGCAGGGAUGGAACUUGACCAAAUUCCAGAAAAUGCAUUUUAUGGACUGGACUAUCUAGAAAGCCUCUCUUUUUUUGACAACCGGCUAACUUCUGUGCCCAAGGAAGCAAUGAAACCUCUUAAAUUGCUAAAAUUCCUGGACCUCAACAAAAAUGCUAUAAGCAGAAUUCAAUCAGGAGAUUUUAGGGACAUGCCACAUCUUGAGGAACUAAGCCUUAAUUCAAUGGAAGAGCUUGAACGUAUAGAGGGUGAGGCCUUUCAGGAUUUGCCUGAGCUACUUAAGCUAGAAAUCUGCAACAACCCUAGAUUGACCUACCUAGAUCCAGGUGCAUUUGUCUCUAAUGUUGGCGCCUUGAAAACUCUACUUCUCAACAAUAAUCGACUAGCAUUAAUACCACUUAAAGUAUUUCAAAUGCUACCAGGGUUAACUGAAAUCAGUUUGUACAGUAAUCCCCUUCGCUGUGACUGCCAAAACAAUUGGAAAGGACUUUCAUCAUUGAGACUCAUUGAAGCCCAAGCAACACUUUGCACAAGCCCUCCCCUGGUGAGUGGACACCUCUUUCAGGAAAUACAAGGCCAGGCAUGGCUGAAUAGAUGUCCACCUUUAAUAGAUACACAGUCUUUUCCUUCUCGGCUCCAUCUUUCCAAGCACCAGUUAGUAACUUUAACUUGCCAAGCAAGUGGUCAUCCAAAACCUGAAAUCUACUGGAUAACUCCGCAUGGAGAAAGAAUAUCGGGAGGAAAUGGGAGAAUACAUAUUCAGGGAGAAGGUUCCCUAGAAAUACUGGAUGCCACAGAGGAGGACUCUGGAUCAUAUAUGUGCCAAAUGUGGAACUCAGAUGGAACUGACAGCAAAAGUGUGAUUCUCUACAUCAAUGGAACUCAGGAACAAGAAGUCACUUCCCUUUCCAUUGUUACCAAGAAAGUUCAUUCCAGUUUUGUUGUAGUGCAAUGGAAAAUGUUGGGUGGCCCUGUAAAUGCUCCAAGUGUUCUAGUGCCUGUCCAGUGGACUUCCGCAACCAUGAGGAUACAUAACCCACACAUCAGUUACACAGCCAAGGUUCCUCUUGAAAUCCAGGAGUAUAAUCUAACUCAUCUCCAACCAGCCACCAAGUACGAGGUGUGCCUUACUGUUUCUUCUAUUUCUCGUCCAAGUCAACAGUCUUGCCUAAAUGUGACCACUAAAGAUGCUUCAUUUUCCAUGGCAGCCGUAGGGAGGCCAGUGAGUAUCGCCCUCUCAGCAGCUCUAGGCUCUCUCAUUGCUGGUUUAUGCAUGGCAGCUGUCAUUGUGUAUGCCGGACAUCACCUCCGCCAUAAAAGCUGUGGACACUCUUUAAAAAAGUACAUGCAGAGAGCAUCAUUUAUCCCUCUCAACGAGUUUUACCCUCCACUUAUCAGUCUUUGGGAAGGAGAAACCGAGAAAGAAAAAGAGAGUAGCCUAGAGCAACCUGUUCUGGUGCCACCACAAGAAGAUAAAACUUUCCCAACCAUUGUUCAAAUUGACACUUCAAAAACGUACAUGUGGCAGUCAUAGACUUGGACAGGGCUGAUGACAUUAAAUAUUGACUUUGCUGCUUUCAUUCGUAGAAGGUGUUUCUGUCUUAGAUCUUUUUGUACAAAUGGUUAUAAAGCAGUGAUGAACUUAGCACAAACCCACCUAAAACUGACAUUAGGGACAAUUGGAGGGAUUCGUAUCUUUCUUUUUUGUUAUUAGGGAAGAAAAUUCCACUGUUUUGCUCCAUUACCAGCAUCAAACAGUACAGUUUUAAGUGUCUUAUGUGGACUUUUUCUGUGAAUAUGAAAGGAGUUUUGACGUAUGGAAACUGUCUCAUGUGUAUUGAUUUAACAAUGUGAAGAACUUCAGGCAAAAGUGAACUAAAAGGUUAUUUUUAGACCUUGUUGUGUGUAAUUGCUUGUAAUACUUUUUUAGAUUAAAGGAAUAUGAG